GUGUCAAUAAAAAUGUUUUAAAUUAUAUUUCCUUUGGGGAAAUGUGCGAGUCUCGGUGUGUGCGAGAGUAUGAGUGUGUGUGUGUGCGAGACAAGUGAAAUUUUCUUUGUUUCCCUUUGCGGGGGAGGAAAAAGAGUCAAGAAAUGAAGUUGCCUUGAAACAAAAAGAAAAAAACCGCCCCCCUUAGCCCCCAAAAAAAUUGUAUAUGUAUGCGGUUGUGUCUGACUCGUUGUCUGCUCGUUGAAGUAUGUGUGUGUGUGUGGCAAUGAACGUUGAGCAACAACAAUAAUUGUAUAUUUUGUUGGAAUUUUUGCCUUAUUUAUUAAAUAUGUACACACGCUGUUUGCUUGCUUUUUCACUUAUAAAAAAGAAGCAAAACGCAAAAAUAUUUAAAUAUUAAAUGUCUGAAGUGUCUUCUGUAGAGUAAAGCUAUGAAAAUGUGCGGCCGAAAAAUGAAAAGCAACAAAAACAGCGGCUGUAAGGCUGCUGGACAGGUUUCCCACGGCUAAAACAACAACUACAACUAUUAAAAGAAAAAGGAGCAACAAGACGAAGCCGAUGAAGAAGAAGCAGCAGCAAUGCGUGAAACGCGAAAGCAAAGUGAAAUUCAUGACAACAACAACAGCAACAAGAGCGUAGCGGCUAACAGAAACCGUUAUUCAACAAUUUCUUGAAUAAAAAAAAUCAUACAAGUGAAAGAAGGCACAAAAAUACUGGUUUACACAAAAAAAAUAUAUAUAAAAAGAAAGAAAGAAAGCAAAGAAAAGAAAAGAGAGAAAAAGUUGCAGCACGAGAAAUUUGUACGUAUAUCGUGUCUCUCGCUCUCUACAUAUGUGUCUCUGUGUGUGUGUGAGUGAAGUAAAGUGAAAAGCAAUGCUGAAAGGAAUUACAACAAAAACAACAGCAGAAGCAGCGCCGAGUUUACAUUAAAUAUAACAGUAAACGGAUUUAAGGGCCACGCGUGGGAGGUAACCACAAAGAAAGGAAACAUUUAAUAUUGGAGCAUCUCAAGACCACCACCAUGGAACCCAACAGACAUCACGAAUAUCAGACGCAUCAUCAGCCGCAUCAUCCCUCGAUGCAGCAGCAGCACCAUUCAACGCAUCCACAUCACUCGCAAGCCACGCACCACCAGCAGCCAAUCCACCAACACCACCCGCCACCACCGCCACCUCCACUGCAACAGCAGCAACAAGCAAUCCACCAGCAGCAUCCACAUCACUACCAGCAGCAGCAGCAACUGCAUCACCAUCCCACCAGCUCCACAUCGGUGGGGAGUUCCUCCUCCGCCGGCAGCUAUGGCAAUCAUCACCAUGCAGAGGAUCAACGAUCCCGGACGGCAAUGUACAUGAACAGGAGCACACAGCCGGGUCAACCUGGCCUGCCGCCUCAUCCUGGUCCCCAGGGACCAGGAUCUACGACGCCCAGCGGCAGUGAUCCUCACCUGCAGUACUACACCUCAAACCAAAAUUUGACGGUGAAAAAGAUGCCCGAUCCGCAUCCCAGCUGGAGUUACAAGAGCCAGGCUGUGCCGGCUCCUGCGCCGGCGCCAGGUCUGCGACAUCAUGGGAAUCCUGCCAUUUAUGCAACGGGUAGCUCGGCCUACUGGCCGCCAGCCGAUGAGCAGCUGCAUCAUCACCAGCAACCGGCUAGAUACUCGUAUGGGAAGCCACCUGCAGGAGGGUCUAGCGUGGUUUCGGGAUCCAGAGCGAUUCCAGGACCUAUGCCAGGACCAAACAGCCAGCGAUAUUAUAGUGAGGACAUCAAGUACUCCAGUGUACCUGCCGCAACCAAGGUGCUUACCUAUGCACCGCCCGCCGCUAGUUCCUCUGCAAUACCCACCGCCAGCUCGGCCUCCUCCAGCUCCAAUUCCUCAUCCGUCCGCCACUAUGAAAUGGAGCACGUUGUGAAUCCUAGUAAUCCCAGCAAUGAGCACCAGCAACCGAGUCCAAACUAUGCAAGGAAGUGUCCGCCCCACUAUGAGACACCGCCGGAGCAGAGGAGUGCCGGAGCAACGCCUACGUCGACGGGAACGCCGCCAGCAACCGCUUCCACGUCCUCUCAUCACCAGAGUCUGUACAUGCCGAUGCCGACAUUUAGUACGGAAAAGUUCCAAACCACCGUGCACAAUGCCAUUGAGAAGUAUGUAAGAGAAGCCCCAGGACCCAGCCUGGAGUAUCCUAGAGGAGGAGCGCCCACCUUUGGACGUCCUGCUGGGUCCUACUACAGCCAGCAGCCCGUGAAGAGCUCCAAGCCGACGGCACCGCCACCAGCAACCACGAGUUAUGUGAAAUUGGAACCAGAACAUGCUUCCCUCGGUGGCGGUAGUUUGCCGCAGCCCACAAGAUCCUCGCUCUAUCACAAUCCCUAUAAUGUAGAGAGCCGCGAAAGGGAUUCAUCGCCGGCAAUGCUGGCCACUGUGCCUGCGCCUCAUGGUUAUCCCACAAAGUACGGCAAGCUGAUCCAGCAGCAGCAGCAUGGAGCUGGAGUGGGAACGAGUAGCAGCUCAACGCCUUAUACAAGUUACUACCACCAAGGGACGCCGUCGCCAGCAGCUGGAGCGGUGGCCUCGCCCACGCCAGCGCCACCAGCGCCAGCACCACCACCGGCUGGAGCUCCUGGAACGAUACUAGGUCCAGGAGCCAACAGCCACCAACAGCUACAACAUCAACAGCCCGCCCCAUCCUCAUCCUCGUCAUCCUCCUCCAACAGUGCUAACUACUCCACCCUGCAGGUGUAUCCUCACGGACCGGAUAUUUGCUACCACCAGCCGGGAAGUCAAUCACAAACCCAAAGCCAUCCCGCCUCUAAUCCUGCCAAGAAAGCACCAACUGCAGCCAAGCCCAACUAUCGAGCGUUGAUCAACGAUAUGUUGAAGCGAAACACGGCCAGUGAGCAGGAAUUGAAUUUGCAGAUCAUCAAGAAGACUCUGAAUAUGGAGGCGCCAUUGAGGAAUCAUUCAGCGCCUUCGAGUAGAGUAAUCCAGCAACCACCGGCCACACCUCCUGCAGCUGUUGUUCCCAAUUCCCAACCAGUUACCUCAGCUCCACCGCCGCCAUCAGCCCUGCAUUCGCCACUGGAUUUAUCCAUGCGAACGGUGAAGCAAACGGCGGACUCCACCGAGUACACGUAUCACCAGAGACCGAGUACGACGGAUCAUAAGGUACCAAUCGGCGGGGGACUAGGACUCCCCAGGUUCGAUAUAACGCCCAAUUUCUCGGCGGCCACUAGGACUGGAGGAGGCGCAUCCACAGCGGUGAUAAGACAAGCGCCAGCUCCUGCUCUUCCUUCCACGGUAUCAUCAGUUCCUCCUCAUCCUGCGCCUGUGCCAGUAGCUGCUCCCGCUUUGGUGAUCAAAACACUGCAACAAAUGCGUCCCAGUGUUUUGGAAACGAAUCCAUAUGCCAAGCGACAGCCGCCGGAGACAAGUAUUGUGCAGGUGAAGAAGCCACCAGCAGCGGAGCUACUACUGCCCACACCCUCACCCAGUCCCCACAACAGCAGUAAUCCCAACUAUUUGGGCAGGAAGAGGCAUCUUCAAGAGUACAAUCAAGCGGCGGCCAAGCAGGCGAGACUGGAGGCAGAAUCUCUGGGAUCUGCACCUCUCAUCUCUACUGCUGCUGCUUCCACUUCGGUGGUUGUGGUGGCACCAGUACCUGUGAUUGCUGUUAACGAACAGGCGCUGGCCGCCAAGCGGGAACGGGAAAAGCAACCAGAAUCAUCUUCCUCCACAACUGUGAAUCCCCUGCCCAAGAUGGAACCCCGAAUACGCACCAAGGCGGAGCUCAAGGGUUUCACAUUUACACCGCCGCCUGUUUUGGUCACCUCCACAACGACCAGUAAUGCCUGUAGGACAGCUUCACCGCCAAGGACACCACCUAACCACCAGAUAACCAAUCACAUACAAAUCAAGCUAGAACCGGCGCCGGCGCCUGUGCCAAAAGCUGCGGACUUGGGUCUGGAAGAUGAGGUUGGUGGCAAUUUAGGUAACCUACUGGACUGGGGCAGUACCUGCAAUAAUCUCGUGGAGCAACUGCUCACCAAAGUGGUGGUGACAGUGCCUACCACUAGUAUCAAAUUGGAGAUUAGUGAGGAUGAUUUGCCAGUGGCACGCAUUCUCAAACGUCAACCUGAACCCGUUCCAGCUGUGGCAGAAGCCGAGAUGUCGGCCACAACCCAACUGACCACUACAACUAAUGGUGUCUCGUCCUCCUUGGGUAAUGGCAGUGCCCAAAAGAAGCUGAGCAAGGUGGAGCGAGAGAAGAAGCGUUUGCAGCAGGAGCAAAGAAUAGCAGCUCGUUUGGCUCCGAAGCAGGGUCAAAGCAGCUCCUCGGAAAGCGAUACCACAGAGCUACACAAGAGGAAUACAGCCAGGCAGAAGAAACCUUUGCUAAGGAAGGGAAGAACCCGACAGAGAUCACCCGAGGCAGAAGCACCCAGUAGCGACGACGACGAGGACAACAAGGACCAACAGCAGCAGAAGAAGAAGGUCAAACAACACCUAAGUCGCAGCCAGGCCUCCAGCGAGGAGAUUAAAACCAAAGCAGCCAGCAGCACCACCAAGAAGGAUAUUAAAAAAGAGGUCAAGACUACCAAUAACAAGGCCAACAAUAACACCUCAAUGGCCAAGACCAACAAGAAGAACAUAGAAGCCUCCUCGGGUCAGCAAACCAAGGCCAAAGUUGAGGAGAACCAAGAGAGCAGUUCAUCAGAAAGUCAUGAAGAAGAUGAGGAAGAAGAUGAAGACGAGGAGGAUGAUGAGGAGGAGGAAGAGGAGGAGGCAGAAGAAGACGAAGAGGAAGAAAAGGAGGACAAGAAAAAGGAAAAACCACGUGUGGGUCGUCGUCCUGGUCACACCCUCAACAAGCGCAUUGCCCACAAACUCAACACCAUGACACGCUCCAAGCAUCGCAAGGAACUUGAACUCCAGUUGGCCAAUAGCAAAGUCCUCCGCAAUGACAAGAUCAUACGUAAUUCCACCACAAAAAUCAAAAGGAAAUAUGUACGCAAAGUGGUGGACAGCAAAAAGGACUUGAUGAUGGUCACUCGCCUGAGAAACAAACGCGGUUUAAACUCUGAACACCUGGGUCUAAACGGCAGGAAUGCCAAACUGAAACCCAACAGCAAGGGUAAUCCUGGCAAGCCGGCCAAAACCUCGCCACAACAGCAAUUGUACCUGGAGGAGUAUCGCUACAAGUUGGCCCUGAAAAUCCCCCAUCGCCUGAUCUCCAUCAAUAAACUCAACAAAGUGGCUGCCUCGCUGCCAGAUCUAGAGCGACGUGAUCUUGGCCAGGAAUUGGCAUGUUUUAAGAGGAAUAAACCCAAGACCAAGGCAGCCAGCAAGCAGAUUGAAUCCUCCAGUCAGCCCAAGUCCAUAAUCGAUGUACUUCAUUUGAGGGUGACCAACGGUAGUAGUACUCCUCGGAAGACCUCUGUUUCGGCUCCAGCCUCCACGAAUCUUCAAAUCCACAGCGAAACAUCACAAACCUCCGCCUCAACGUCGCUCUAUGAGCAUCCCCAGCAGCAACAACAGCAGCAGGAUACUGGAAACGGGGAUAAUCCAUCUCUGGAUGAUCCCAGCCGCAGGCACUUUAGUAUCUUUGAUACAAAAGUCCUGCAGAGUAAGACCCGUACAGAAUCCAAGUUGCAGCAGCGUCGUGAGAUAAUUCGUGAGAUUUUUGUGGGUCCCGAGCGGCCAGCUUCAGCGCCGCCAGAAUGCGCCCAGAAUGAGGCAGCAGGAGAUGGUGACGAUGAUGCCAUUAGCUACCAGAAAUACGAAGAGUUUCUGCAGCAAAUGAAUAGCAUUGUGAGUGCCAAUGACAACAAGCUGGCCAGGAGAUCCCUAAUGGAGGAUCAUGCAUCCAUCACAGCUCCACAGUGUCCUCACAAGAGGAAGUAUAUGCGUAGGAAGGGCAGCUCGGGCUUUGAUUAUAUAAGGAAAAAGAAGCGACCAGCUCAGAGUAAUAAUAAUCACAGCCAGCAGAACCACAGUCAAGGCCAGAACCAAACCUCAACCAGCCAACUUACUCAGCAUCUUCUCGAGCAUAAUCAAAGUGCAGCGGAUGAGAGACUGGAUGAUACGGAUAGCACCAUUGCCGGUAGUAGCUCCCACUUGCCUUUAAAGAUCAAAACGGAGAUGGAUGUGUGCCGGGAAAUCCAGAAAUGGGUGCUCAACAAGGGUGUGGGUCAGAGUACCAUGCACAAGGCCGCUCGUCAGGGUUUGAUUGAUGUGGUUGUCUACUGCUUGGAUCGCAUGAAUAUGAAUCCGGAUCAAAAGGAUAAUGCUGGUUACACACCGCUCCACGAGGCCUGCACUCAGGGUUGGCUGGAGAUUGCCCGGAUCCUGCUCCAGUUUGGUGCGAAUCACUCGGAAGCCGCGCAAUCGGGUAUAAGGCCACUGCACGGAGCCAUCGAGAAUGAUCAUGAGGAGGUGGUGCGUCUAUUGCUCUCCUAUGGCGCUGAUCCGUUGCUGGCAACGUACUCAGGUCAAACCCCGCUAAUGUUAGCUUCAAGCAAGUUAAUGCGAGGCAUUCUGCGUGCUCAUCUCAGCGAUGCACAAAGUGCCGCCGCUGACAUCAAGCCGAUGCGUUUCCAUGGGCCUUGGGAGAUCUUUGAUGCUAAGGAGUAUGGUUAUGAUAUAUUCGAUAAUGUACCGAACACAGCUUGUGAUAUGAGCAGAGCUCUACGUAGAGAAAGGAAGGAAAAGGCCAAGAACCAAGAGCAGGCGCAGAGGAUGAGCACCAGUCAGAGUAACUCGCCAAAUGUCAAUGGCUUAUUACCAACCAAAAAGGAAGAGCAGGACCAUGAACCAAAUGGCCUAACGAUCAAGCAAAAUGGAGAGACCACGGGAAGUGCAACAAAAACCACAACAACAACAACGACAAUGCUGGUUAAAUUGGAGCCAGGAAUCGAGGAAGAUAGCAAUAACAAUAAGAACAACGACGAGCUGAAUGCUGGAAAUGUUGAAAAUAAUUUAGUAACAAGCGUUGUGAAUGUCAAGAAUGAAGUGAAAAAGGAGCUGCUUGUGGAUGCUGAAAUGGUAGCGGAAACGGAAGCGAAUAGGAAUAGGAGUAGAAGUAGGCUAGACGACGAUCAGACGACGGACAUCGAGACAAUGGAUAAUGAAUUGAAUGGUGAUAUUUUUGAAUUUGAAGAGGCCGAUGUGCCAUUGCCACCACUGUACUUGCUCAAAGACGAGGGCAGUGAUAAAUGGGUAUUACUCAAUGAUUUGUGCAAUUUACUUAAAGUUAAAUCCAAGGAUACGUUGCUCAACAAGCUCUGUCCAAACAACAACAACAAUGCACUGGCGGUCAGCAGUCAGAAGCAUCUGCUCCGGGAAUUCAAAAUCGACGAUUUCCUGGAGAAGGCAACCUGCCUGCAGCUACUGUGUGCGGGCGAAAAGCUGAACAUGUUCAGCUCCUCGAAGGUUGUGCUCAUCAAAUACAACGACAGUGUACGGAACUUGUUGGGCGUCAAGUCCAUUUUAAUGAAAUUUUAACCGAGAUACGGAACAGGAGGAGAGAAAUGGGAGAAGGAGACCUUAGACAAAUGAUGAACAGAUGAAAAAUAGAUUGUAAAGUGCAAAGUAUGUUGGAGAAAACUAUUAGUACGAAUAUAAUUAUAGAUUUAUAUAUUACUAUACAUACAUAUAUGUAUAUUUUAGCUAGUAACUAGAUUUUACUCACCCCUCCCCUUAACCCUCAAGCCCCUCCCUGCCGUCUUUGUCUUUGGAAGAUAAAGUCGUUUUUUAAAAGGAAAAUUAAAUCUAGAGCUAAGUGAGCAAAGUGAUACAAGGUGCUAUACACACUCAAAACGAAGAAAAACGAAGAAACGGAAAUGAAUGGGGAAAUUUUAAAGAGAGAGAGAGAAUAUUGAGAAAAUCUGGAAUCUUUUCGAGAGAUUGGCUGCAACAAUUAAAUGCAAUUAAAACGUAGAACAAACGGAAGCGGAAGCGGAAGCAGUAGAAACGGAACAGAAAAUGUAUGCCAGCCAAGCAGCUAAAUAAAUCGAUUUAUAUAUAUACAUUUAGAUAUACAUAUAUCUAGGGAUAAAGUGUAAUCUAUGGUUUUUAAAAAAACAAAGCAAAACAAAUAGCAAAAAGUAUAAACUAAAUAAUAAUUAUUAUCGUAAUAAUAUUAAAUAAAGCGGCAAGCAACAAAGGCGUAUUUA